AUGUAUGCCAUCAGCAAUGGGCCGACGAGCAUAUGGGCAGCUGGGAAGACGGGGUGGUUCGAGAUCAACCCUGCUCCUGAGUAUGAAUCGAUGUAUGAGACUGUCUGCGAGGGGAUAGACCUCUACUACUCGGUGCUAUUCGCCUAUGAAGACGCACAGAAGUGGGCGGCCAAGAGCAAACGGGCUACAUGGCAGCAGUUGCCUAUUGAUGACUUAUUGUUUCAGUACGCCGUUAAAGUGGGCGAUGGUGUUACGCUCUUGGAAGCCAAAGACCGCUGUCGAAAACAUGCAUCCUUCCUUCUCGCCCACUUUUCCAAAGCCUUGGACUUUCAAUGGAAUGGAACGUCUUUUGCGAAAUGGAUGUCUAGCAUGAACAAAGAUAUUGUCAGGAAGUUAGUGGAUGUGGCUACGAAGAAGGUGCUCGAGCCAUCUGCUAAGGAACCAAGCUCCUCCCCAGAUGCUAUAACCAAACAAGAGCUCCAAGACGAUACCCAUCAGCUCCCUCUGCAUAUAUCGCCAAUAGAGUCAGAUCGUACCCGACGAAGCAAGUCUCGCGCAAGCAGGCAGAGCCAAGAGGCUGAUAUCAAGGGGCAGGUUGCGACUCGAUGGCCGUCAUCAACCACUCGGACUGAAACACCUAUUCACCCCCCUCUACCAGCGCGGGUACCGUUUGCCCCUACUCCGCCGCCCCCCAUCUCUCCAGCGGAAAGCACCACUCCUUCAGCGAUCGAACAAGCUGAUAAACCAUCGAACGAAGUGCCACAGGAUCCCGUGCACCAGCUCAAGGAGCUUGUAGAGGAAAUAUUAGCGGACGUUGGCGGGGAUGUAAGGAAAGUCAAGCAUAACACCGUGCAUUCGAAAUUGUAUCUCAAAUGCUCUAUGCUAUACCCCAUGGCCAGCGAAGUCACUCACUUUUAUGCGAAGCAACUUGCCGCAAGUCUUCCUUCUAAGUGGUAUAAGAGUCCCUUUUUCCUGUGGCUUAAGGAGCACCGCGACAAGCCCUGGAGACCCGAGCACGUGACAGCAGAGAACGUGGCAUCCAAGCUUGUCCGGCGGAAGAAGAGCAAGCACUCGGGAGUUCCUAAGGCUCGCAUACCUCCUGUCGCCUCGUCUCCGUCCCACGCUGGCAAGCACUAUCCUGGAACACCUCGGAUCUCUGGCCUGCGACCUACUACUGGUGUCAAGAGGCCAAUCGCGUACGACGAUGAUGGUGAUGACGACGACGAUGAAGAGGGCCGGCCCCCCAAACAGAGCAAAACUUCAAAUUAUCAUGACACUGACGAGAACGAAGAUGAAGAGGAGGACGCAGUCAUCGAUAGCAGCGAAGAGGAUGAGUCAGAGAUUCCGAGUGUAUCGAUAACCUCGCGUCCACCACCGUCAAUCUUCAAAGAGACUAUGAAAAUUGUUGUUCAUACCGACAAGAUACCAUCCAUGUCUCCGAGUGGUCCCAAUGGCACCUGGAAAUGCGAAGAGGACGGCUGUAAUUAUAUCGUUCGCUCCGCUGAAGAGGCGGAUGGAAGGGACCUGAUCGCCAAGCAUUUCAAAGACCACGAGAGCCGCGCUGAGAAAGUGAACCUCGCCCUUACUGAAGGAACCAGAGGUCACCUGCCUAUCAAUCACCUUCUCGAUAAAAUUCGCAGCUUCGGCGAGUCUUCUCAAAGGGACGAAGAACAGAGCUCUUCGGAUGGAAUAAAUUUUCCCAGACCCAUUAAGCGACGACUUCUGAUUUAACGAAUGCUUAUGGACGUAGCCAGGUCGUAUUGCACACCCCUUACUAUCGUUUUCUAUUUUCUUGUCGUUUUACAAGUAGGUGGGUGGAUCAUGAACAGACUUGCGCAAGCCAGCGGAAGCUUUUAUUGCGCGUACUUUACUGCUAUUUAUUUAAAGGGCAGGCACCCAGCAGUGGACCUCCCCAGACAUAUUGAAAAGGGUACAGAGGAUUGGGGAGGGCAUCCGGAUCCGCAGGGAGGGUUUCUGUACGCCACUGGUCUCCCUAGAAGGGUGAAUAGUGGCUCGGACCCCAACAAAUCAAUUCAUAUCCGCGCAUAUAUAUAUGAUUACUGUCCAAAUGAGUCACUCGACAACGUCUCCUUGACGGCGAUUGGCAUUGACAUCCUCGUUAGAGAGGUGGAAC